UUGUAUACAACAUAUCAUCAUCUUAUUCACUUCAUUAUGCCUGCAAUCAUGAUUCUUGGUUGCCUCACCCGCAUGCCCUUCUCUCUCUCACUUGCCCUGCAGCUCACCACUCUCUCUCUCUCACAACCCACCUAUAAAAUCCCAUAUACCUCCCACUUCUCUCUCUCACCUGUAGUUCCUCACACACCAUAAAACUAAACCUCUCUCUCUGUCUUUGGUUCCCCGUUUCCAUUCAAUAGUAUAUCUCCUUUUCCAAGUUUCUGUCUUUGGGUGUUGUGUUUUGUUUGUUGUCCAGGUUUUGAGAAAUGGCUGUUUCAGGGUUUGAAGGCUUUGAGAAGCGCCUAGAGCUCCAUUUCUUUGGGGAUGAUCCGGUGAAUAUUGACAUGGGGCUUAGGCUGCUCGACUUGGAAUCACUGGAGCAAGUUCUACAUGCUGUCCAAUGCACUGUUGUUUCAGCCGUCGGGAACCAUUUCUUUGAUGCUUACGUGUUAUCGGAAUCCAGUCUCUUCGUUUACCCUACCAAGAUCAUCAUCAAAACCUGCGGGACCACCCAACUGCUCAAAUCCAUCCGUCCAUUAAUCCACUAUGCGAACAAGCUUGGCCUGACUUUGUGCGGGUGUAGGUACACCAGAGGCAGCUUCAUUUUCCCCAAGUCACAACCUUUCCCUCACACCAACUUCAAGGAAGAAGUCAUUUACAUCGAAGAAAACCUGCCCAACAGUCUCUGCUAUAGGAAAGCUUCUGUCAUGCCUUCCAAACUCCCUUCUUAUUCAUGGCACGUUUUCACAGCCAGUGGCCAAACCCACAUGCCACGCUACGCCUUGAAAGCCCCCGACGUCACCUUCACUGUCGAAGUAUGCAUGACGGAACUCGACCGCCUCCUCGCACGUAAAUUCUUCAAGCGGGCAGGGGAUAGCAAAACAGGGGACUCGGCUGGCAAGGAAAUGACAGAGCUAACAGGUAUCGACAACAUCAACCCUGGCGCCAUCAUUUGCGACUUCGCAUUCGACCCCUGCGGCUACUCCAUGAACGGCAUUGACGGUGACCGUUACUCCACAAUCCACGUCACCCCUGAAGACGGCUACAGCUACGCUAGCUUCGAGUGCGUCGGGUCCAUUUACGACGACCAAGACAUUGUCGAAACCCUGAAGAAGGCUGUUCAAGUUUUCAGGCCAGCCACACUCUCCAUCUCAACAACAUGCAAUAGCCACGAAGUUUGGACAAGGGUGGCACAUGCCAUGGAACCCCUAGGACUCAAAUGCCGGAGUUGUGCAAUGGAUGAGUUCCCCGCCGCCGGUAGCAUUGUGUUCCAAACAUUCACGGCGUGUCGCCGGAAAUAACUCCGGCAAAAGAAGACAAAAAAACCCAAACAAAAAAACCAAAACAAAAAGGUAGAUAAAAAAUGGGGGAGGGGUUUAAAACUUUUAAACAGUGAAAGUCUAGGUUUUUAGUUGGGGCAAAAGGAAUUCUUAGGAUGAUCAUAUUUUUGUUGGGUAUUGGGUUUAAAAAAAAAAAAGACAGAUGUGAUAAUGUGGAGAGAUUUCAUUGGUUGAAAAGGGUGAUGAAUGUGGGGUUGACUUCAGUAGAAGGAUAAAAAGUGGAAGGGGGGAAGAGGCAAUGACGUGGCAGAAUCAUAAAGGUGGGGAUGGGGAGAUGUGGGAAAUUGGGUUCACCAUGAUAAUGCACCCCACUUUGGCUUGUCACGCCUAAAAGAUUUUUGAGGUUGUGUAGUGGAGGGGAGAUAUCCAAAAAAAAAAAAAAAAAAGUUGCUCAUGUUUUUGAGGUUUAAAUGAAAACUUUUCUUUCUAUUUUUGCUUA